AUGCUAAAAGACUGUACAUUUUGCUUUAUUCCAGUGCCUGAUGACCUCUCCAUAGAAGAAAGAGAAGAGCUUUUAAAUAUUCGUCGCAGGAAAAAAGAACUGAUUGAUGAUAUAGAGAGAUUAAAAUUUGAAAUUGCUGAGGUUAUGACAGAAAUUGAUAAUCUGACCAGUGUCGAAGAAAGCAAAACUACACAAAGAAACAAGCAAAUAGCCAUGGGAAGGAAGAAAUUCAACAUGGACCCUAAGAAGGGAAUACAGUUUCUGAUAGAAAAUGACCUCCUGCAGAACACUGCAGAAGACAUUGCACAGUUCCUUUAUAAAGGAGAAGGAUUAAAUAAAACGGUAAUUGGAGAUUACCUCGGUGAAAGAGAUGAAUUUAAUAUUAAAGUUCUUCAGGCUUUUGUUGAACUCCAUGAGUUCGCUGAUCUCAAUCUUGUACAAGCCUUAAGGCAGUUUCUGUGGAGCUUCAGACUCCCAGGAGAGGCUCAAAAAAUUGAUCGCAUGAUGGAAGCUUUUGCUUCGCGCUAUUGCCUUUGUAACCCAGGAGUCUUCCAGUCUACAGAUACAUGCUAUGUGCUUUCAUUUGCGAUCAUUAUGUUGAAUACCAGUCUGCACAACCACAAUGUGAGAGAUAAACCAACAGUAGAGAGGUUUAUUUCUAUGAAUCGUGGAAUUAAUGAAGGUGGAGACCUUCCAGAAGAACUACUACGGAAUUUAUAUGAAAGUAUUAAGAAUGAGCCGUUUAAAAUUCCAGAGGAUGAUGGAAAUGAUCUAACGCAUACAUUUUUUAAUCCAGAUAGAGAAGGUUGGCUGCUGAAAUUAGGUUAG